AUGUUCAAGAUCAAGCGAUUGGUGCUCCUUGCCAUCACUGCCGCUGCCCUCAGCGUCUCUGCCAGGGCGGACGAGUUGGUCGGGACAGUUAACGACAGUCCUUCCCCAGAUUUCACCGACGCCGACUUGGCUGCCGUGGCAAAGGAACUCGCGGGUCCCGCGGAUGAGCCUCUUCCGUUGCCUGAUGAGAGGCAGGCGAAGACGCAGUACAGUGAGGAAGCACGGAAAACUAUGAAGAAAGCCUUGGAGGCAUUCGUACAAUUCGCGGAGAUCGUCGGACGGGCAAGUGAGCGCGGUUUUAACCAAGCAAGAGAGUCUGUCUCAAAAGGCUUAGCCUCUGCAAGAGAACACACGCACAAGGGAUACAUCACAGCAAGGAAGGCUACGGCCAAGGGUUUGCAGUCACUUGGCAAGCGCCUGGAGGUGCGGUCGGACACGUCAACUACUACGCCGUAUCCUGAAGCGACCGAGCACUUUGCAUCGCCGUCAGGUGAGGCGUUUCUCGAGCGCACGCCUAGUGACCGUGAGGGUAAAGACACGGAGGAGAGCGUGACAGGGUCGACAGACCCCUCUUUUACCAGCUCUGUCCCAGAGGAAGGUUUCGCCAGAGUGGACUUGCGACGGGGAGAUCGAAGCCGGCACGCCGAUAGAGAGAGGCAGUAA